UUCUACUGAUGCUGCUCCGGCCUUCUUCCGCUCCAAUCUCGCAGAUUAAAUUGCGCCCCGUUUCGGUUGUUGGUAAUCCGUUUAUUUCGGUACAAACUGAGGCAAAUCGUACUCUGCCGACAUGGAGGCGCUCGCCGUAGUCCGCAAACAGCUCAGAAACCACCCGGCUUUGAUCCCUCUCUUUAUCUUCAUCGGUGGAGGGGCGGCCAUGUCCAUGAUGUACCUAGCUCGUCUGGGCUUGAGAAAUCCAGAUGUCAGCUGGGAUCGCAAAAACAACCCCGAGCCCUGGAACAAAAUGGCUCCGACUGAUCAGUACAAGUUCUAUACAGUGAACAUGGACUACAGCAAGCUGAAGAAGGACCGUCCAGAUUUCUAAAGAACACAUCUGCUGGAGCAAACAAAUGCACAAACGGCCGCCGCUGGGAUGUUCUUCAUGUGAGGGACCUGGGAGACGCAGAGGCUCAAACCGCACAUUUUCUCAUAUUUAAGUUUCCUCAUCGCGUACCAUUGGAGCUUUUGAUCAGUUUCUCCUUUUCACUGUUUGUCAAUAAAGGAGUCUUUUUUUCUUCCAUACAGAGAAAAUAAUUUGUUUUUGUUUUCAUUUGCGCUCAUAACCAUUUCUGCUCAGUGAGCCCGUUUCCAGCCCCCACUCUGCCUCACUUCUGUCAUGCUGUGCUUCUUCUGCCUCUACUCUGCUUUCACCUCAUCUCACCUUUUGCCCUGCUUUAGCUGACCUACUCAUAAAAUCUAAACCUGGCUUCUAUCCCGGACCCCGUCGGUCUGGCGUUCUCCCCCUGAUGGUGAAAUCUUUGGGUCAUUUCAGCAGCCUGUUUAACUCCAGACCUCCCAGCUGCUCAUUGCUGAACACCAGUAAAAAAAACUGUCCAAAUCAAAUCACGGUUUAGCUCUUUAAAGCAGAGUCUGGGACGGCGUGGCACCAGGACAUGGUGGUGGGCCGUUUGGGGGGGGUAUCGGGUUUCUCCUCAUCCAGAUGAGUCUGUAAAUGUCGUUCCAUCUGCAGCUCGACGAGCACGAGCAGAGCGGGAAAUGUCAAGGAGACCUUCGUGUUUGAAGAGAAGCCCACGUCUGUCCCCCCCCUCCCCCCUC